UGAUUUUCGGCAAAUAAAAGUGGGGCAUUACAGAUUAUAGUAAAAUUGCUUGGGAAAAUAUUAUCUUAAUCCUGUGAAUAAUAAUUUAAUAAGUAUCUGUUCUUUGUACUUGUAAAGGAAGCCGGUGAAAACAAUGUCAAGUCAAGGAGCAACAGUUGCACAAAUACCGACGAGCUUCGGACACGAGCUCAGAGCCUGCCUUCGAUGCCGUCUUGUGAAGACCUAUGACCAGUUUAGGGAAUCGGGUUGUGAGAACUGUCCUUUCUUUCAGAUGGAAGAGGAUCACGAAAGAGUCGUGGACUGCACGACUCCAAAUUUUACUGGGUUAAUUUCGGUCAUGGACCCAACUAGAAGCUGGGCUGCCCGGUGGCUCCGUAUUGGAAAGUUUGUUCCUGGUUGCUAUACUCUUGGGGUCUCCGAAGCACUCCCUCAAGACUUGCAGAAUAUGUGCGAAGAAGAACGUGUACCUUAUGUUCCACCAAAGCGUAUUUGAGUAGCUAAGUUUUAUGAGCCCCACAGCCCUGGUGAUGCUUAAGCCAACUAGAGCAAUUUAGAAGAUUGUUUAAGCAUGUUGCAAAGGUUGUAAUAACAUGAAUUAAAUUAUGUAGAAUAUGGUGUCAAGUGAACUAUGAUUUGGAUUUAUACCAUCAUGUUUAGAUUUUAUUGAAUAUGUAUGAGAGGGUUUCAUGUUUUAUACAAUUCCAUUUUAUUAAAGGACAACCAGAUUCAAGUUUUUGUUAUUGUCCAACUGAAUCACAAAAGUAAUACUUUUGAAGUGGAUCUAAACCCAAGGUUUCUAACCUUUAUUUCUUGUUUUUAUGGCUAAAGGAAUCAAAGUAAAUGACAAACGGAGUAAGACUGUAC